UUAGUUCAUAUGAGACACCUGGCACUGUUGGAGCGCCACAUUUGGCUCUCUGAGUGCUAACGGCUACCCUGCUGAUGAUGAUCCGGUCUCCAGGUUCUGUUAGCAGAUAGUUUUAUGGCCUGAUCCAACACAAAGAGCCACUGACAUAGUGUCAAACUGUCAGCCAACAUCUGCACCUUUAGUUUGGACCUCCUUAUAUAUAGUACGUGCGACUGUGCCAGCUGCCAGGCUAACUGAUGCACAGUGAUCUCACGUUCACCUGGUGGCGCUCGCUACCUGGCUGCAUGUGCAUAUACUGUAUGUGAGCAUUCAUGGAUCUUCACAGUGAAGGGCAAAGACCUGACGUCGGGCCUUUCUCUGGUCCGUUGAACUUUUUCACGGCAGACAGUUUGUAAAGACCUGACAUUGUCUCUGGAAAAGCUCUUUAGUCCUGCUCCUGUGUCCUUCCCUUCAUGUCUAAGGCCUUCAGAGGAUGACAGAAGAAACCUCCAGAAACGAGCGGACAUGUCCACACGUCCCAGGCGGACACCUACACGGGGCGAUGGGUGGGGUGGAAAGCUUCUGAACGUUUCUGUGCUGCGUUCAGGGACCACAUGCAGGCAUGUGUCCGGUCAAUUCAGCCUAGUCAGACAGUGUGCUUGGGCGGCCCGGAGCAUCACUGCUAUAAGAUCGCAUAUUUCCAUGAUGUGACGAGUCGUGUUGCGUUCAGGGAGGCACGUCAGGCCUGCGAGAUGGACAACGGGUCUCUGCUAAGCAUCGAGAGCCCAGUUGAGCAGAGGGACAUUGAAAAGCUGCUGCAGAAGCUGCGUUCAGGAGCGGUGGGUGAUGCAGGAGGAGGUGGUAUAGCAGACGGUGAUUUCUGGAUCGGUCUGACUCGGGCGGACGGAGUCGACCAGACUCAUUCUGAACUCAGCAACAGCCUGACUUCCUGUCCGCAGCUGUACCAGUGGACCGAUGGCAGCCCGGCCUUGUUCAGGAACUGGUACUUUGACGAGCCAUCCUGUGGAGGAGAGGCCUGCGUCGUCAUGUACCAUCAGCCAACUGCUGUCCCUGGUCUGGGCGGGGCUUAUCUCUACCAGUGGAACGACGACCGCUGCAACAUGAAACACAACUUCAUCUGCAAAUACAAACCAGAGAGCCAUCUUGUGACUGAACAAAGUGACACACCUGGAGGGCGGGGCACAGAGUUGAUGGCAGGUGGGGUCACACAGUCUGCUGGUGUUGAGGAGGUUCCCCCUCAGGUCACCACGGCUGGAGCUUCAGGUAUGUUACUAGUGUAUGUGAUCAUUCCCACAAUCCCCCUCCUGCUGCUCAUCCUGGUGGCUUCUGGGACAUGCUGUUUUCAGAUGCUCAGUAGCAGCGACCCCCACUCCAAGACCACCACCGACCAGUCAAACCUGUGGAUCUCCAGGACGCCCAAACCUGACAGCAUGGAGGUCUGACAUCCUGGUGACAUCACACUGCUGGUAGAGGGAUGACAUCACUUCUGGUCCAAAUGAUCAUCAUCACUGUGUGGUGCAUUCAGGAGCAGGUGGACGGCAUCGUCACAGAGGCUUUUUCCUAAUCUUUCUAUUUUCUGCAGGUUCAUCACCAUUAUUACUGUGUAUUUAUACUGCACUUGUACUACAGAGUACACCCACUAUUGCACCAGGAUUUCUUUUCUCCCUCCAUCUUUAUUUCCUUUCCUCUCCUUCCCUUACUUCCCUCCUUUCCUUUUUAAAUCCUUCCU